AUGUCUAUUAAACACCACCAAGAAAAUUCCCUUGAAAGUUCCUCCAAGAAGAGAAAAUAUUCCUCAUCUUUGACUGAUGAAAAUUUAGUAAAUAUCGAAUUGAUAGAUUUUAAUGUGAAUUUUCCAUCCCACAUGUUGGAAAAAUUCAAAUCUAAACGAAAGAAAGCCUUUUCUAAUGAAAUUGAUAAUGUUGAUAAUAUUUCGGGGUUUAAAAAUCCGUUUGAUGUAAAGAUUUGCCACUCACUUGGUUGUAUUAUUGUGAGUGAUCAUGGCAAUGAUAGAAUUCAAUUUUUCUGUUUAAUGAGUAGGAAUCUGAUGAAGUCCAUCAUCAUGCCUGCCACUCCAGUAUAUAUAGAUGUGGUAGAGAAUGAUACAGGUGUAGUGGGUGGUAAUUCUCUAAUUAUUUCAUGUUGUGAUGGUCAUGUCUACAAGUAUUCCCUAUUCGAAAUGUUGAAUCAUCAACAACCCAAUGAAUUGAAACAUGUUUGGAAGAGUCAAUUAUUUGAUGGACCAGCUGGAUUACAACAUUAUGGAAAUGCUAUCUAUUUUUGUGAUCCUUACUUGAAAUUUUCGAUAUUAAGCUUGUCUGAUGGAAAAGUUUUAGAACAAAUGGAUUUUGGAUUUUGUGUGUGGAAUGUUCAAGUGAUUAAUGAAUUUACACUUUUAUUGACCAAUCAAGAUGAGAAAUAUCUCUCAAUAUUGAAGAAAAUUAACGAAACUGAAUGGAAGAGUGUCAAGGAGAUUCAUUUCAAUGAUUUUUUCUAUGCGCUAUUUGACACGAUUUCUUACAAAAUAAUAACUGUCAAUACCGAUUGCAUUAAAGUUAUGGAUAUGGAAGGGAGGUUAGAAUCUGUUUCUGAUAUUUCCAAUAAUUCAAAGAAUAGUGAACUGAUACAGGAGAGCUACGUAGGAGGAUGUACAUUGAAUUCAUAUAAUGGAGAGCUUUAUUUUGCUGAUUAUUGUAACAACGUUUUAAGAAUAUUCAGGUAUUAA